CCCGGCAGUCUGAAUUAUUAACUUUUGAUCUUGUCUUCCGGAUCGAUCCCUCCCUCCCUCCUUCCACUUACUGGCCUGCCUCGUACUUGCCUACUUCACUUGUUUACUACUCACUCUACUUACCGUAGCACCAAAAACUUUAAUCAAACUUUAAAUCCACUUUGGAAAAGAAUUAAACGAAUUUCCCCGUUUGUCGUUCCUUGUUAAUGUAAACAAAAGCAGCCUCCCUCUCUCCCUCCCUCAAAACAACAACAUCGUCGGUUCCUUCUUGAUUAUCCUCCUCUUACAUUAUAAUUCUCCUCCGUCAGAAUUUGGAUUUGGAUUUUGGAAACUCGAUUUGAUCUUCGAUUUCUUUCACUACCUAUCCUUCAAUAUACACAACAACAUAAGCACUCGAGAAUUUGACAGUCCGCAUCCGUCAAAACUCAUCACGUUCCUUUUUAGAUUUUUAUUUCUUGGCCCCAGACGUCCUCCAAGAAGAGACUCGAAUAUAUAGAAUCGCAAAAAUUGCAGCGCAUCUUUUGCUUCCAUUUGCCCAAUACAACGACCAUUUACAGUCCAAUCUCUAUCCUUGAUAACGACUGACCUCGAAUUCAAACACCACUCAUUCCUCCUACUACUACGAAGAGACAUCAUUCCUGUUGUCAUCGAUACCCCAUUGGAGCUCAUCCUUCUUGACACCUUCAUUCUCAAAUCAAAUCUACAUUCCGACGGCUUCGACAUCUAGGUUUGUGCAUUUGAGUUCUAAUAUUAUCAAAGAUCCCCAGCUUAUACUCAUGGCUUCUGAAGACUUGGGAGACCAAACAUGGGAUCCCCCCGUCUCAGAGGAGCCUGCUGGACUUUCUACCUCCUCCAAAAAUCUUUACCUCUCAGUUUACUUUUUUUCUGUUUUUUUUUACCAUCUCUUCUUGUUUACUGUCUACCCCAUACUAACCGCUGGUCGGGAACAGAUAGGAGAAUCUAUUUGAACUUCUAAACCGACACAUAUCUUCUCUCGAUAUUAUUUUCAAUAUGAAGACUACAACCUUAUCCCUCGCGGGAUUUUCCCUUCUCCAAUUGACUUUGGCUCAACCUUUUAGUAUGUACUCGCUGCCGCUACCCUUUUUCGUAUACCAAUUAACAUAUGUAGACCGUCACAAUGCUCACCGAGCCAUCCACAACAAGAGAGAUCUGGUUACAGUCGUAGAUACCGUUGUCGUCGCGUCUACAGAGGUUCAGGAAGUGAUCAUCUAUGUUGACUCUGAGGGUAACCCUCUUUCAACCACCACGAAAUACGUUGACAACGAACCCACAACCACCUAUGAAUCCAAUUCAGUUGUUCCUACCUCGACUUCCUACGCGACAACCACUACGCCUGUCAAUGAUGUUGCCGUCCAGCCAUCCACCCAGAUUGAUGUUGCUGCCGCAAGCACAACACCCAAAGCACCAAGUGUACAGGUCUCGGCCGCAGUCUCUCUCUCAGUUGCUGUACCUGUCCCUUCCAUCGAUCCUGCUUCCCCAGUUGCCCCAGCUUUUAUUAGUGUUGCUGCCCCAGUUGUCAGCUCUUCUAGCAGUGCCCCAGUUGUCAUUUCUUCUAGCAGUGCCGUAGUUGUCCCAGUUGUCUCGAGCUCCUCUACCACUUCUUCCGCUGCAGUUGCAUCCACCUCAGCUGUUGUCGCAUCAUCUGGAGGAUUCGGAUUUGCCUACUCACCUUACAUGGCCAACAGUGCCUGUAAGACUCAAGACCAAGUGAACCAGGACUUUGCUGCUAUCCCAUCUUCAUAUUCUACGGUCCGUAUUUACGGAACUGAUUGUAAUCAAGUCACCACUACCUUGGUCGCCGCCAAGAAGUAUGGGUUCAAAAUCUUUGCUGGUGUGUAUGAUUUCACCGAGGUCGCAACUGAAACCCAAGCAAUUGUCGAUGCUGUUAAUGGUGACUGGAGCGUCAUCACCACUAUUUCUAUUGGAAAUGAGUGGGUCAACAACGGUAUCACUGAUGCAGCUGGUGUUGCUAGUGCCGUCGCUACCGCCAGAGGUAUUCUUUCAGCCGCUGGUUAUACCGGAAAGAUUGUAGCCGUGGAUACCUUGGCUGCCACUAAGCUUUACCCAAGUCUUUGCGACAAUGUUGAUUAUUGCGCUGUCAACUGCCAUCCUUUCUUUGAUACCAACACCGCAGCCGAGGCUGCUGGUACCUUCCUUAGCACCCAAAUCUCCGAGUUACGAGCCCUUUUGAGCAACCCUGACAUGGAGAUUGUCAUCUCUGAGACUGGAUGGCCGUCCGCUGGAACAUCUCAUGAUCAAGCGGUCGCCUCUCCCGAGGCUCAGACCACUGCAGUUGCCGCUAUCAAGGGUCUCUUCGCUUCCAACUCAUCCAACGUUUACCUUUUCAGCACAUUCAAUGAUUACUGGAAGGUUAACACCCCCGCUCUUUACAUGGCUGAACAGGCCUGGGGUUACCUUGGAAAUGCACCUUCGGAUGUAUCAGCUGGCUUGAUCUAAAUUCUUAUGCAGCCCCUGAUUGACGAUCUGCUUUAGCCUUUGAAGUAUUCAUGGUAUUCUAUGGAGUUAAAACUAAUGUUUUGUACAUAUAUGUGGUGGGAAGAUACUAAACUUUGCUGAUAUUCUUGUGCCUGAUGGGUUGAAAUGGGAGGGUUGAUACAUGGAAAUCUGAGAUGAAACAUGAGUGUAUUUGAUACUGCUGAGAGCCGGUUGUUGGGUAUGAGGCUUCGUAUAUAUUUCGCGCUGGUUGUGAUGAAGGAGAUUAGAUGGACUAAGAAUGAAAAGAUGGUGGAGUUGUGAGUUUGAUUGAUAGGAAAAAGAUACUUUUCGAUUGUACAUAUUGUAGUUCUAUUUGACGGGGAAUGAAGAAAACGGAUAGAGAAAUGACGAUACCUAUUUGAAUUAUU